AUGAGCCCCUCAGAUCAGAGAGUGAUCGAUAGCAGCAGCAGGAUGCCGAAAGCAAGGAGCUCUCUUCGCGACCGUCUCGCCCGCGCCAUCGCCGGACCCCCACGGAUCCCGACGAGCAGCCGGCCCUUCGAGGCCUCCGCCCGGACACCAGCGCGCAGCCAACGGCGCGAGAACGGGCCGCUCAGCACCGCCGCACCAGCUCCGACCCCGGCUCCGACACCGCCGUCCGGACCACGCCGACCAGCAGUGGCGCGCCAGCGGACGACACGCUCUCGCCAGGAACGGCUGUACGCCGAGGCACCGCCAGCAGCCGACAAUGGGCGAAGCGUGUUGCUCGCCACGUUCGGGUCCACACUAUCGGACCUGGACGACGACGACGACAACGAGGAGCCAAACACCGCACCGGAGGAGCGCACGACAUCCGCGCCGAUGCCCGACAUCGCGUCGCUCCGUAUCGAGGGUCCCGCCGCUGCGACUCCGCCAGUACCGAUACCCGAGUCUCCGCCGUCACCCUCCGUUACCGAGAUGCCCCGACAGGCCGUCGUACCGCCACCGCCACCGGCCCGGCCACCAUCCGCCGCUGCCAAAGCCGCCACAGCUGAGCUGACUCAGCCGCCGCUGCCAACGCCGCCGCCGACACCGCCCGCAUCGCCCGGGUAUUUCACCCGGCCGCACCCGACGCCGACACCGACACCACCUCCGGCCGGGUACUUCACCCAGCCAGCACCGCCACCAUCAUCAUCCGCGCCACCAUCGUCGCCGCCAGCCCCCGGACCAUCCGCUAUACCCGGCGAAGUUCUGCGGACCAUCCCGUGGGAGUGCAUACCACCAGGCCGCCGCUACCGUCACCAGGCCCUCGGGCACCGCAUCGUGGUGAAACACCAGCUCGACGGGUCCUGGUAUAUUCACUAA